ACAGAAAAAGAUGCGUGUUGUGGGCGGAGAUAGCAGACAGUUCUCCUCUGGUGCCUCAGUUAUCCGAAAACAAAUCCUUGUUGUCAAACAAAGAUGAAGAAAUCUCGGAGAAUGUGUUUUGCGUGUGUUAGGACAAUUUUUGGCCUUUUAAAUGGAUUAAUUUGGAUAGUUGGUGGUGGAGUAAUAGGAGUUGCCAUCUGGCUACGAAUAUCUUACAAUGGAUAUCUUUCACUUCUACCUCAACAUGAGCUUCUGAGUUUAGAUUCUGUAGUUCUUAUGGGUGGUACAGUUUUAUUUGUUGCUGCCUUUUUUGGCUGUUCUGGAGCCUGGUUCAAGAGCUCCUGCCUCCUCAUUUCAUACUUCAUAUUAGUAGCUCUGCUAUGUGGAGCUGAACUGGUUUGUGGGAUUUUGGGGUUCACGUACAGCGAGACAUUUUCUGUAUCACUUCAACAAGAACUGCUUACUGGUAUUCAGACACAGUAUAAUACAACUGAACAUUAUGCUGGAAUCACUCUAGCUUGGGAUCAUGUUCAGCAUCAGCUCAGUUGCUGUGGUGUUCAUCACUAUGAGGACUGGUUCAAUAUUUCUGCUUGGCCUGGAUAUUCACGUGUGCCCCAUUCUUGCUGCAUCCCGUCAUUUCAGUACAUGGAUGAUUGUGGCCAGUUAGAAGAAGUCUCGAUGUGGUUUCCCUCCGGUUGCUAUCAGAAAGUCCAAAUUUGGUUCAAGGAGCGUCUUUAUCUAGUGGGCAUAAUUGGAUUCUUUAUUGCUUUCAUCCAGCUUUUGGGAUUAGUGACGUCAAUGAUCUUGUUCUGUGGAACUCGACGCCGUGCCGGGUUCAAAACUUAUAAAGCUGUUAAAUCGCAAUCCGCGGUGCUAUAGGCCAGGAAAAAGAUCAUUUUUCCGUAAUCGGUGGAUAAUAAUCUCGCAUACUGCAAUGGGCACGUUUUGUAUUUAUUUUUAAAGUUUACCAUUGCAUGCCAUAGUGUCAAAUUAAUCAAACUAAUUCUAGUAACAUAAGACCGCACAGUUUUAGACCAUACUGACUGAGCGCGAUACCUGAAACUGUAUGGCAAACAAUUUUCCUCAACAAUCCAACCCCGCAAGCACAAUUUGAGCGGUAAUAGUCGCAACCCUUUUAACCUGAGCUUCAUUUUUGUGACGAAUUUUGUAGACUUUAAACUCUGUGAUACGUCUACGAUCUUUAACUAAGUGCAGCUUAUUAUGAAAUGUUAUAUAGCUCUAAUAGCAAAAAGCCUUCUGUUGUAACCUUUCAGAAUCUCCAGAUUUUAACUGAAAUACAUUAUAUUAUUACCAUACAA